AUGGAGGAGACGAUUGUUGAAUUUCAAGAUUGCCUGGAACAUGUACUGGCAUGGUUGCUCGAGGCUGAAGAACAGGCUAACUGUAUGAAAUCCAUUGAAAAAAAUGAUGCAAGUUUUGACAUAUCUUUUCAGAAUUUAAUUUGGCAGCAAUAUCAAAUUUCAUUGAAGGUGGAGCUAGUGAAAAGUUUAUUCAAGGAGCAUGAAAUGUUUAUGCAAUCACUUACCGAAAGUCAAGAUGGUGUUGGUCGAGUACUGCACAGAGGUCAGCAACUGGUACAAAAAAUGGACGAAGAAGAGGCAAGCGUAAUUGUCUCCCAAUUAUUAGUGGUAAAUGCGAAAUGGGAACAAAUUAGGGAAGUUGCAAUGUCACGACAAAAUCAACUGCAGCACUGUUUGAACACAGCUCAAAUCGAGCAGCUUGAAUCAAUCAGGAAAUGGUUAGAUGGUAUAGAGGAAGAAAUACAAAAUGCGUCGCCGUUAACAAUGAAUCAAAAUGAAAUUGAACAAUUAAUCAAUGCCCAUGCAGCAAUUCAAGAGCGCAUCGAAAAUGAACAAAAGAUCGUUCGCGGCUUAUCAACAUUUGUGGCUGUAGUAGACGAAUCAGACUCUCAUUUCUCAUACGAAAAUUUGGAAAAAUUAUUGCAAUCCGUUGGACAGAGGUGGAUGAGCGUCUGUGAGUGGGCUGAAAUGCGCGAACGACAGUUAAAUGGUUUAUCGGAAUUGGUCGUUCAAUACAACUCCGCAUAUCGAAAGAUUUUGGAAUGGCUUGAUAAUUGGGAAGAGGAUAUGGGAAGCCUGCGCGAUGUCAAUGAAUUGAAGGAGGAAAACGAAAUAGUGGAUCAAGUGUAUCAAAUACAGAAAUUCGAAUCUGCCCUUCAGCAAGGUCAUCCUGAUUUUGUCCAUCUUUCACAACUUGCCGUUGAAUUAAUCGGUAAACUUGACAGUACCAAUAGAGUAGAUGCUAAUCAAAUUCGACAACAAAUCGAAACGGUAACCCAACGUUGGGAUAACAUUGUUGCUCGAAUUGAUGACCAUUCCCAUAUGUUAGUAAGAAGUGGAAAAGCAGAAGCACGACAGCUUCGACCUGAUGACAAUGAAGAGGAUUAUGGCGCUGCUGGGACCAGUAAACAGCAUCUAGAGGUGGACAGUCAGCUGGAAAGUGAGCCUUUGUCUACUGUACAGUUUACUUCACAUGAAACAAUCGAUCCGAUGAUUUCCUCCUCAUCAACUCUUUCUGUCAGUACAGUAAUUUCACCAGUGGAUGCUUUCAUUGCAAAUGUCAAUCGAGUUGGUGAGGAAUUGCAGCCAUUACUUGAUUGGACAUAUCAAAUCAAGAUUACUCGGAAUCCAGAUGAACUCCAAAAUAUCAUACAGGCUUGUCAGGACAAGCUGACGGAGAUCAAAGAAAAGGAAAUAGAAGUAAGCGGAUUGCAUGCGGAAUUGGAUCGAAUUCACAAUCUGGAUAUUUCUACUCCUCAAUUGCAACUUGCGAACGAUUCAUUUCAGAACUUCACCCAGAUAUGGUCUGAUAUUGUUACCAGAAUAUCAGACGCAUUGAAUUCCUUAUCAGCACAAGGUACCUUGAUUGGAGCUGAAAGCGAUGAAGAAUUGGAACGAAUAGUGAGUCAACUAAAUGAAUUUUUUGAAAAAUCCAAAAAUAUAGUUUCGAAUUGCGCUCAAAUACCGUUAAGUGAACGUGAAGAACGUGUAGUUAAGCUACAAAAGCAACUGCGUGAACAGGAUAAAAAUAUUGGAUUUCUAGAAAAUAAUCAUCCGGACAAAAAACAAAUUGGAGACUUGAAGAAACGGCUGGUUGAGCUGAAGGAAUCGGUGAAUAAAUUGACGGGAAAAGAUCCAGUUAUUGAACGUUUCGAGAAUUAUCUGCGCUCCACCUUUCCAUGUGCCGGUGACAUCAGUACGCUAACCAGUGAACUCGAACGUUGUGAUGAAUUACUCAAGGAGUUGGGAGAUUUAAAGCUAAAGGAUCCGAAAGUGGAGCAACUGGAAAAGUUAGGCAAUGCGAAACGUGAUAAUCUGGCGGAUUACUUAGAAAGAAGUCAGCGGAAUGAUGAAAAGACAACUGCAUCCGAAAAUAUGCUCUCUGCAUUGACGGAUCGCUUUGCGGCUCUGAAAAGUGCAAAACUAGAAGUACCCGAACUGUACAAACAAUUCAUGGAGCUACAAAAGGAUAUUCAACAAGGUUUAGCAAUUCAGAAGGAAUCAGUGAUUCUAAACGAAGAAAUUAUGUUGAUAACGUUGAGUAGCUCGGCAUCCAGCCGUGAUCGAAUCUUCCAAAAGCUGAAAAAUCGAAUGCAGCUAACUGUUGCUGGUUGGAGUACCUUAGAAGAUGAUAUUGAUGAAAGUAUAGCAUUACUGGAAAAGGAAAGUAAACGACUUCAACAAAGUGCGGUACGAGAAUUACAACGAAAUAUGGAUGAACUUCGACGUGCCAUCGAUGCAAGUCGUGAUGCGACAGAUGCAGAAGAAUUCAGCGAACAUUUAUAUAAUUUGGAACAUUUAUGUGAGACAAUGGAAACGGCUGAUAAAGAAUUAGAGAAUUUAUCGGGAACAAAUGAACGGAUGGCAAGAGAUCUUAAUCAUGCACGUGAGCAACGUGAUGAUGUACUGCUCAAAGCUAAGGAACGUAUCGAACAACUUGAGGCAGCUAUUCGUAAUUGUGAACAAUUCGACAGUUCCUUAACCGAAUGUCAAGCCUGGUGUAAUCAUGUACAGCUGAUACUGUCAUGUCGAGCUGCAAAUGAUGUUUCUGCGUUGGAUGUACCUCAUGAAUACAAGCAACUUCAAAAAGAAUUCGAUGAUUUCGAGUGUUGCAUCCGAGAUUUACGAGAAUUUGUUCUUAAAAAUACCAGUGAUUGGGGUACACCAAAUCGCUUACAAUUACAAUUGGAUCAUAUCACUAAUCAAUUCGAAGAUUUGAUGGCGAAAUUUGUUGAGUUCAAGCAACCAAUUGGCUUAGAAGAACGCGCAGAAAGGUUAUCACGGGAAAUAUCGGAUAUGGAAAAUAGUGUUGACGAAUUGACGGGUGUACAAGCGGAGAGUUGUAAACAAGCUUUGGAUCAUACCAAUGAAAUCACUAGACGACUUGCUAUGGCAAGAACGCAUUUGGAAGAAUUAACUGAAUCCGGAAAAAUGUUUGCCAAGGAACAGAUUUUAAUGCCAACUGCUGUGCAGGUUUUGAGCAAGAAAGUUAGCAAAUUAGAUGAGAAGCUAAAGAAUUUGAGCGAGAGGAAUAUCGAAAUGACGGAACGCAUGCAAAACUGCGUAAUGUCGUUGGACGCUCUGAACAAUGAUAUGAAAAAACUGGACGCUGUAUUUGAGAGUGUAGAAUCGAGACUGAAUGCUUUUGUUCGAUCAGAAAACAUAGAAACAGUAGAUGCCGAUCGAGCAACGUUGGAAGAAUUACUGGAAGACCUCAAUAAAGGUGUGUCAUUGUUGUCGAGGGCUGAAAAUGUCAUGCAACGAUUGUCAAUGGAUUCGUUCAAAGUUGAUGAAAGCAUAAUAGAGCAAAGGAAACGUCGAGCUAUACGUUUGCAAGGCGAUUUACGAUCGUGGAUUGAUGCUGUUAAAUGUGUCAGUGAAGAUAAGACGGCACUGUUGCAGAAGUUCGAAAUUUUGCACAGUCAGCUAAAAGAAUCCUUGACGGAGAUGGAACAAAUUGAAAAUACCGAGGUGUUACUAGCCGCAUUAGACAAAUGCAGAUCGGAUAAGAAUGUUUUCAUUGCACGGUAUCGUCGACUGUUGAGAUCAGAUCCUGAAGCGGAAACAAAGUUUUCAGUGGUCUUUUCAGAAGUUGAGAAGCGCUGGAAUGAGAUGGAGAAGAAAUGUCAGAAAGCGCGAAGCACUUCGCCCUCUGGCCCGGCACCCCCGCAACUACGUCAUGACAGCAUAAGAGGAAGUUUUCGGGAUCAAAUCAGUUUAUUACACGAUCUAUACAAAAUUGCUAGUGAUUGUCUGGAUUUUGAACGCUUUCCGGUUUCCUCCGUGAGUGAGUGGUCGAAACGUGUUCAGGAUGUUGACGAUUGGCUUGUUGAUUACACCGGAAAACUGAAGGGAGCGGUCGAGCAGGGCCGUUGUUUGGCAAGUAGCGGUCGCAUGGAGCUUGAUGUUCACGACGCCUUAGGUAGUUUGGACGGGGUUGUUGAUUUAGCAAAUCAGGUGGAAGGAACCUUGAAGGAGAACAAAACAAAUUUGUUUCCUAUACAAGCUAAAGCAGAGGCUCUACAACGAGACAUUAAUGCAAUAUACGAUGUACUGGAAAAGCUUUCAUCCCGCGAUCUAUCAGAAUCAACAAUCGCCAGUGCCACUCAACGUGAUUUGCUAGAUCGGCAGACGCAGUUAGAUUACUUGCAACGGCGAAGUGAUGAUCUGCACAAUUGUCUCCCUGGAAAUUCUACAAGUCAACCAAAUACAAUAAUGGAUAAAAUUUAUGAUAAAAUUCGUGAUCUCGAAGAGAGAAUAGACGUAUCAAUCAAAAAAAAUCGGGAAAAUAUAAUGGUGCAAAUAGACCAGCCAUUAGAAAUAAUUCGAUUGGAAGAACAAAAAGAAUCGGAUGUAAUUUCGACUGCAAGUACUGGUGGACAAUCACUCACACUCGAAGUACAGGAAGCUGAAGAUGAUCAUCAGCCACGGGCGGAACUGCAGAAGACGGGAUCAAAUGGCUCUGAACCUUUGAUAAUGGCAAUGAAAGUUAACGUUAUCGAACCAUCCGAAUCGCUCAUGUCUUUAUACAUCGAAAUGGAUGAAAUUGAGAAGGAACUAAAUCAUAGAGACCCAUUGCCUUUCAAGGAUUUGCAUCAAAAAAACGAAAACUGGAGGUUUGUGACAUGA